GGCGGGGCGCGGGCAUGGCCGGCGGGGACGGGCUGGGCGCGGCGCUGCGGGCCGUCCGCGAGCAGCUGCAGCAGGCGGCGGCGCGGCGGCCGCAGGGGCUGCCGGCCGUGCCGCCGCGGCUGGUGGCCGUCAGCAAGACGAAGCCGGCGGAGAUGGUGAUGGACGCCUACCGGCACGGGCAGCGCAGCUUCGGGGAGAACUACGUGCAAGAGCUGCUGGAAAAGGCAUCGGACUCGAGAAUUCUGUCCUCCUGCCCUGAGAUUAAGUGGCAUUUUAUUGGCCACCUGCAGAAAAGUAACGUCAACAAGUUGAUUGGGAGCUGGGCUGCAGGUACAAAGAUUCCUGUGCCAGUAGAUUUUCCAUCAGCCUGUGUCUCCUCCCCAGCUGUCCCCAACCUGUUCAUGCUGGAAACGGUGGAUUCUGUGAAACUGGCAGACAGAGUCAACAGCUUAUGGCAGAAAAAAGGGUCAUCCCAGAAGCUGAAGGUCAUGGUGCAAGUGAACACAAGUGGAGAAGACAGUAAGCAUGGCCUUCCUCCUGGAGACACCACGGCUGCUGUGGAGCAUGUGAUCAACAAGUGUCCCAGCCUGGAGUUUGUGGGGCUGAUGACCAUCGGCAGCAUCGGGCACGACCUCAGUAAGGGACCAAAUCCUGACUUCCAGAUGCUGCUGUCUCUGAGGCAGGAGGUGUGUGACAAGCUGAACCUCCCUGUUGAGAAGGUGGAGCUGAGCAUGGGCAUGUCCACGGACUUCCAGCAUGCAAUAGAGGUUGGAUCCACAAACGUCAGGAUCGGAAGCACCAUUUUUGGAGAGCGAGAUUAUUCCAACAAAGCAGUGGGUGGCAAGGUCCCUGCUGAAGCUGGAGGCAAAACAGAGACUGUGACAGCCCAGGAUCAUUAGAUGGAAACAAAAAGAGUGGCCUGGGGAGAGGAUAGAUGAUGGGAGACCUCACUAUGCAUCCUCACCUCCCUCCGUGUCAGCACACCAUCGUGGCAGGGAAUUCCUUGUGGCAGAACAGAGGCCAGAAAAAUGCCUCAUGAUUAAUUGUGAUUGUAGAGUACCUGUAGAAACUGGAAUUUUUUAUAACCAAAAAAAUAUAACCAAAAAAAUGAUAAGAAAAUUGAUGGUGGAAAGUGACUGUAGAGUCUUGGCUCAUUCAGGGUUGUUACAACACUGACCUUUCAGUGACUGGGUUGGACAAACUGUUGGUCAGGAUGGAGUUGCUAAUGCACAGGAUGUGUCUGCAGCAGUUUUGGUGGUUGUGGUUUCACUGAGGACUGAAGUUAUAAUUUUGCCUGAGAUCUAUAAAUAUUUCCCCAAAUAAAAGUGUUGCACGUGGUCACCAGUGAGGGGUGCUUACCUGGAAACUGUGAUAGAGAUGUGCUGUGACACCCAGAGGCUGUGUCUGUUUAAUGAGGGGAUGGAUAACAAGCACACAAGGAUGGAUAAGGAGCACGUGAGUUCAUGGCCUAGUGUUUUGGAUCCAGCUCACAACGUAGGAGUGUCUUUUUUUUUGGCUGAAGUUCCUAUUUGUUCUUUUCAGGCUAACACUGCUAACUUUGCCCAUUGGUUCUGUGUCUGCUCACAUCUGGGAUGCUUUCAACCUUCCCUUCCCCUCUUGUGAAGUGUUGUUGGGAGUUAUUUCCAUCUUGCCUAGUAGUUCUUGAUGCUGUAUGGUUUGUUUUUUUGUCAGAAUGGGGCUUUUCUGCAAGGCCCUUGGUCCACUGUCUUCAUCUGGUUGAGGCUGGUAACGCUUGCUUGUCCUGUAGUGAGGUUUGAGGUUAAAAGUAUCGUUGUCCCACUGUGUUCUAGGUUCCUGAAAAAAACAAAACAGUUGCCCCUGACAGAGCUUCAUGGGUUAUGUCUUAAUAUCUGAAGUUCUGGGCUGGCCUUUGCCUCUCCUGGAAGAGGGACAUGGGACUCUCACUGCAGUGACUGCCCACCCAGGUGUGAGCAGAAGCUCCUGCCUUCUGCCACGUGCUCUUUGGCCAACAGCAGCGACAGCAACUCUCUCCUGUAACCUGUUGCAACUGCAUUUUUGGGCUUUUGUCUGCUGGUCAGAGGAGGACAUGUUGGUUGCCAACAGGAACAUCCUUCCCAGGCUUUUCUGUGUGUGUGUGGUUAAAUCCAGCUGUUGGUUUUACUCUCUUGACUAUAAAUGCUGAAUGUAAAUGAAAAGAGUCAGCUCUUAACACCAACCUGUCAUAGCUACGUGGUGUGGAAGCAACAUGCAGGCUGAGCACUGUGCCAUGUGUUGGUUCAUAGUCUAUUAAUUAAAAGUGGUGAAUUUUAAUACCAUCUGUGCCAACUAUAAAGCUAUUAAAGAUGUUAUUUUUAUCUCCCA